AUGCCCAACCACCACAUGGCCGACGAGAAGCCUGCGGAUGCCCCCUAUGGCUACGAGGAGAACAACAUCGGCUUCGAGGAGCCCUUUGUCCAUGGCGCUGCCACUGUUGGCGGCGAGACGGGCCGUGGAGGCGACACCCACCGUGGACUGAAGAGUAGACACAUCCAGUUUCUUGCCCUUGGUGGUGCCAUUGGUACUGGUCUCUUCAUUGGUUCUGGAUCCAUCCUCGCCCUCGUGGGCCCAGCGCCGCUCUUCAUGGCAUACCUCAGCAUGAUGAUCGUCGUGUACAAUGUCAUGAACAACCUGGCUGAAAUCGUCACGUACCUACCCAUGCGUGGCAUCACCAUCCCCUACUUUGUCAAGCGAUUUGUAGACCCCAGCUUAGCCUUUGCCACCGGAUGGAACUACUGGUAUGCCUACGCCAUCCUGGUUGCUGCCGAAGCCACGGCCGGAGCCAUUCUCGUUGAUUACUGGCAUACUGGUGUCCACAAUGCUGUCUGGAUCACCAUUUUCCUAGUCGUCGUUCUUUUCCUCAACAUUGUCGCCGUCGAGCUAUUUGGAGAAGCCGAGUUCUGGUUUGCUUCGAUUAAGUUCAUCACCAUUAUGGGCCUGAUUAUCCUAGGUUUUGUCAUCAUGCUCGGUGGCAGUCCAAAUGACCAAGGCCGCCUUGGAUUUAGGUACUGGAACAACCCUGGCGCCUUUAAACCAUACAUUGUAGAUGGAGACGCCGGAAAAUUCCUUGCCUACUGGACUGCCUUUGUCCGCGCUGGUUUCGCCUUCAUCACUUCGCCCGAGCUGAUUGCCCUUGCUGCUGGUGAGACUAUUGCACCUCGCCGAAACAUUCCCAAGGCUGCCGGCCGCUUUGUCUACCGUCUGGCCAUCUUCUACGGUCUUGGGUCUUUCAUCAUUGGCGUCGUUGUCCCCUCUAAUGACGACCGUCUCCUCAGUGGCAAAUCCAAUGCCUCCGCGUCUCCCUUUGUCAUCGGUAUUCAGAGGGCAGGAAUCCAGGGAUUGAACCACGUUGUCAAUGCCGCCGUUUUGACCUCUGCUUGGUCCGCUGGAAACGCUUUCCUCUUCUCCGGUUCCCGUAUCUUGUACGGCAUGGCGCUUAACGGCGAGGCUCCCAAGAUCUUUGGCAGGACUAGCAAGAAGGGUGUGCCGUACGUGGCUGUCCUCGCGACUUGGACCAUUGGUCUCCUGGCCUACCUCAACGUUUCCAACACGGGUGCCCAAGUCUUCCUAUGGUUCUCCAACAUCUCCACCAUCUCCGGUUUCAUCGCCUGGAUCGUCGUCAUGAUCACCUACCUCCGCUUCCGCAAAGCCAUGAUCUUCAACAACAUCCUCGACACUCUUCCCUACCGCGCCCCCUUCCAGCCUUACCUCACCUACUUUAUCCUCACCAUCGUCACGCUUCUCACCCUCACAAACGGCUUUCAGGUCUUUGUCUCCAAGAACUGGAACGUCUCCGACUUUUUGGCCGCCUACAUCACCAUUCCCAUCUUCCUCGUCCUCUACUUUGGCCACAAGAUCGUCACAAGGACCGCCUUUGCUAUCCCAGUUGGUAGCAUCGACGUUACGACGGGUGUACGAGAGAUGAACGAAAUGUGCAAGGACGACUUUACCAAUGCACCUGUGCCAAGGAACCUUUUACAGAGGGUUUGGUACUGGAUUGCGUAG